GUGGAUUGAAGUGGUGGCGGGAGGAGGUGGUGGUAGAGGAGAAGAGUCGAAGAGUAGAAGGUGGAGGUGGAAAUAGUGGACGUGGAGGGGGUAGGAGGGGAAGCGGGCGUGAAAGCCCGCUCGUCGAGUGGGAGCGCCGAGAGAGCAGAGGGGUAACAAGAUGGCUGCCGGUCAGUCGGUAUCGAACCGUCGUGCCGUCACGAGAGUUUUGCGGACCGCGCGCGGUCACGGCACUUCUCCGUGACCGACGAAUAGAGAAUUUAAGAGAGAAAGAGAGAGAGAGAGUGAGAAAGAGAGAGAGAGAGAGAGACAGAGAGAAAUAAGAAAAGAAAAGAAAAAGUGGAGAGAGAGAGAGAGAAGAGAGAGAGAGUAUAAGGAAUAUUCAUUCGUACGAGAUAUAUAUAAAAAAGAACGACGUGUCUCCACCGAUGGAAUCGUUCUUCUCCCGGUGCGACGUACCCCUCGAGGUCGACGAUACCAACGUCUACGCUAAUACUUAUCUUCAUCCUAGACCAGUCGAGACGUAAAUCCUCGACUUUGGUCUUCAUUGACCGGCUCUACUCGUUAAAAUUGGAAAUUUUUAAUGAAAUUUCUUUGGCAAAUUGAAAAUGAAUAGACGGCGUUAAAGAAAAUUUCUUUACUACGAAACAAAUGGUUUUAGAUCGUUAAAGAAAGAGGCCGAAGACAGAUUAGUAUCCAAAAUAUAAUUCUAUUUGAAACGUGAAAGAACAUUUUUUAAAUAUGGAUACUGGAACUAGUCAGAGUAAAAAACAAAUCCGUGUGGGUUUUUAUGACAUAGAAGGUACUAUUGGUAAGGGAAACUUUGCCGUAGUGAAAUUAGCUAGGCAUAGGAUUACCAAAACCGAGGUGGCCAUCAAGAUAAUCGAUAAGACACAACUAGAUCCUACUAAUUUGGAAAAAGUUUAUAGAGAAGUUGAAAUAAUGAAGCAAUUAGAACAUCCUCAUAUUGUUAAAUUAUAUCAAGUUAUGGAAACUAAAAAUAUGAUAUAUAUGGUAUGUGAAUAUGCAAGUAAAGGAGAGAUAUUCGAUUACAUAGCACAAUAUGGAAGAAUGGGAGAACCAAGAGCUCGGGCAACAUUUGCCCAAAUCCUAUCCGCUGUUGAAUAUUGCCAUGCGACAGGCAUAGCUCACAGAGAUUUGAAGGCUGAAAAUUUGCUCCUAGAUGCUCAAAUGAACGUUAAGAUUGCAGAUUUUGGUUUUAGCAAUAGAUUUGCACCAGGAGAACGAUUAAGUACUUGGUGCGGAAGCCCACCUUAUGCUGCUCCAGAAGUAUUUAGAGGAAAACAUUAUGCCGGUCCAGAAAUUGACGUUUGGAGCUUAGGCGUUGUGUUAUAUGUAUUAGUAUGUGGUGCACUGCCCUUUGAUGGAUCUACUCUUCAAUCAUUAAGAGAUCGCGUGUUGAGUGGUAGAUUUCGUAUUCCAUAUUUUAUGAGUACAGAUUGCGAAAGUCUUAUACGUAAAAUGUUAGUUUUGGAACCUGCAAAACGAUACACGAUUCCACAGAUCAAAAGGCAUCGUUGGAUGGCAGGUUCGGCAGAUACUGUUUGUUCUGCUAUAAUAACGAGAUCAUCACCAUCUAUUCAAGAACCUAAUGAACAAAUACUUCGACUUAUGCAUAGUUUAGGCAUAGAUAUUACACGAACUAGACAGUCCUUAGGAAAUAGCAGUUACGAUCAUCACGCUGCUAUUUAUUUCUUGUUACUUGAAAGAUUAAAGCAACAUCGUGUUAGCAGUACGACGAAUAAUAUUUGCUGGCCCACAGUUGCUAGAUCGAAAGAAGAUAAAUUUAAAUCAAGAACAAGGGACGAUGUUAGCAGAGGAGGUAAACGGUUCAGUUCAACGAGCUCUUCGACCGAUGAAGGUUGUUGCAGUGCUGAAGGAGAUCUAGAAGAAGGACCAAGCGGUGAUGAGUUAAGAGAAGCACAGAUUAAAUUAGAAGAGCACAGGCUUGGCCUAGAUCAUGACAUAAGCCAACGAAUCGACAGUCAAAUUGUCAAUCGAAGAUUAAGCGAUUACCAACAACAUUUUGAUAGUCCACUUAUGGAUCCUAUUGAUCCUCCUAGUCGAACGACGUUGUUCCUUGCUGGUGGUAGCGGCAGUUCAUCGUCCGAUCUUUUCGAAUCUAGUUUUGAUUCUGGUUGUCCACCGGAUUAUACAGGAGCAAAUUGUUUUACCAGUAGUUUACCUUCUUGCACUCCACCGCCACCUAAAAGUCCAUCUCCAAUAACUGGUAGAAUAUCGCGAGCCUCACAAGGACGUAGAGCAUCCGACGGUGGACCAAGAUUACUUUUCUGUCAACAAGGAGGUGGUGAUAGACCAACUACAAGGCAACGAAGUAUUCAAGAUUCAGGUAAAGCAAAAGGUCAUUUGGAUCUUGUACAUUUGAGACCACCGUCUACGCCACCUCAAAAUCAACCGCAAUUUAAAAUCCGCGGAGAUUCCGGUACCCAGUUACAACUAUUGGUACAACAACGUAUGUUACAACAGAAACGAAAUUUAUAUCACAGACAUCGUGCCGGUGGAAGUCCAACUCCUAUUCCAGUAUCAACCAAUACUACUAGUAGACGUAUCGAUCAUGUAUCGCGACAAGAUAGUUAUAAAAUGGCUCAGAGAACGCAAAUAUUACCACCUUUAUCUCAGGGACACGUCGAUCCUGAUUUUGAUAGAGAUAGGAAGCGAGAAGAAGAAAGGUGGAAGAGCUUACCAUCUCGCUUAGCGGCAGAUUGUCAGUUAGCUGAACGGACGCUCUUAUGGAGUCAACAGGUCGGACUAGGUGGAGGGGCAUCAUACUUGCCACCCGGCAGUGUUGGGGGCUUCUUGUGGCCCACUACAAACAACACGCAUUCAACCAUUUUUGAAAAUGCUGGGGAUCAAAUGGAAUAAAUAUCUGUCCUGUUGUAUUUAGUAAUAACUUAGAGAUUUUGAGUCUGUAAAGCUAGAUUAAGAGACACAACCAAUAUAAUAAACAAUAUUGCCUUCCUAGUCUUUCCACAUGAUGUUAUAUUAGUAUUAUUGUGUACAUUUGAUCUUAGAUUUCAAGCAUGAAACAUUGACGUAUACAUAUUUUCUUUAUAGUAACGCUUUUACGUUAAACAAUAUUGUAUUCUCUAGCUUACACACCCAGAAUCUCUAACCACGUGGAUAGUACAUGUUACUGAAUGUCAAAAAUUUAUAUGGUUUUUAUAAGAUCUCUUAUGUAGAAUAUGUCAUUAUCUGACAACAAUUACAACAAUUAUCCUUGUACACAAAUCAUAUCUAACAGUACAGGGUUAAUCUUUUUAUGCAAAAUGCAAUAAUUAUAAAUAAGAUAUUAAAAUUGAUUUAAAGAAAUCUUUGUCAUACAGUAGCAUGUGCGCCUGCCUUAUUACAUGACUGAUCCGAUCGGUCGAAUAUCCAAUUAUAUCAUAGACUGAUAAUUAACAACAAUAAAACACCAAUCAAAUUCAUUUUGAAAAGAUAAGCGGCAUAUGUCUUUCUUCGUGAAUGUUACUACUAUGAUGUUUUGAUUGAUUGGCUAUAGCAGGCAGAAUAUUCAAUUGCUUAUUCUUUUAGGAACAUAUUAUUUAGAUCACACAUAUAUGAUAACUCUUAUCAAAUUUCUAUCAUAUAAAUGUUACCAAUGAUAUUCUCUACUGCCACUGAAUGAGAAGAACGCAAGUGUUCACAAAUCAAUGACAAGGUAUUAUAAACGUGUUUUAGUGUAAGCUGUACGGAUGUGUAGUAUUUACUUUUUCAAUGAGGGAAAAAGUAUCAAUAUGAUCGAAUAAAUUAAAACACAUCGAUAUAAAAAGGAAGACAUAUGCUACUUUUACAAUUUUUUUUUUUUUUCUUUUUCUUUCUUUUCUUUUUGUUUGGACUAAUAAAAGAGAGUGGAAAUCACCAAUAGAAAUAUAAUUGUUAUUAAUACAUUUCAUUGUUGUUGCUUUAAUUAGAAAGAAAUACUUUAAUGAUAUUGAAUGUACAAAAAUUAGAAUAUGUUUUUAAUCCUUCCACUCUUUUUAAUGGUGCAUAACGUUAUAUUAGGAAAUAAUCAUAAUAACAAAAGAAAACAAUAAUAUUAGUGGUAAAAUGUAGUUGGCAUGUAAGAAUAUGAAAGAAGUGCUGCAUUCUGUAAAAAUGUUUAACAGAAGUCAUUAAAUAUAUAUGCUUUACAAAUUCAUGCAUGAACUGUUAUAAGAGACCAGACUUGGAGAUGCUUUGUCUAAGUGUAGUAUAAAAAAAAAAAAAAGAAAAGAAAAGAAAUUAAAAAAAAAGAAAAAGAGAAAAAAAAUACAAUGAUACAUAUGACAUAGGAAAAUGGAUAGAGCACCGAACAAUAAGAAAAGAAAAAUUUUAUGGCAAUCAUUAAAUUCAAUAUCUUAAUUGUCAACUGUUUUCAUCAAACCAAAAAAGAACAAAAAAAGAAAAAAAAAAAAAAAAAAGACAUACACACUUUUUAUAUGUUUCCAUUUUUUAACAAUAGGUCAAUUUUACUCAAGGAUUCUUGUCCAAAGCUCAGAGCAUCAAAAAUUUCAUGUUUACAAUAAUAAUAAUAAUAAUGAUGAUGAUGAUUUUAAUGAUGUGAGAUACCCAAGAGACUAAAUUUUUUUAAAUAAAGCUUUUGUAUUUUUACAUAGAUUUUUUAGCUUUGCACGGUCGUAUCUGUUAGGGAAAGAUACAUAUAAACGAAAUGGUAUCGAACGAAAAAAUGUUUUUACAUUUUGAUAUGAAUACAGCACUUUUUAUGCAAAUACAUAACCUUAGAAUUUAGUAGUUUAGUCAGUAGAGUGCAAUACCGGCCGCGCACAACUGACAACGACUUUACUAUUCGAAUUUUCUGUCAUUUUUUACCCAAAAAGAAAACAAUCAAACUUUUGCUCAAAAUCUUUUGAUAUGUGUAAUCAAUAGCCAUUAAGUUAGCCUAAUUCUCAAAAAAAAAAAAAAAGAAAGAAAAAAAAGAUCUGUCAUUCUAAAAAGGCGCGAACUUAUAAUAUGUCUAAGACUCAGGAAUUGAAAUUUGUUUCUUAAACCACUUAUUGACAGCAGAUAUAUCCAUUUAAAAAGUUGUCUUUUUGGAGCGAUAGAUUUAUAAUUUCCAUGAAAACUGGCAUCAUUUACAAGGAUGUAUAUCAUUCAUUUAACAGCAAUAAAAUUCAUUUCAUCUAUGCGCAUCAAUAUACACGCUAGUAUAUGUCUUUAUUUUUAGUAUAUACCUUGUAAAAAAAAAAAAAAAAAAAAGACUGUUUGUAAGAUAUUAUUGAUUAUUGAUUUUGCAAUGCACGGUCUAACACGAAUAAUAACAUCUGCGAUAUUUGGUAGAGCAAUUAUUUGCUAUUGAAUUAAGACUGCCACAUGAGUUUACCAUCAUACAAAGAUAUUAUAAAACAAGUUAUAAAGGUGUAUAUGGAAACUCCAUUUUUGUCCUCCUAGAGAAAAUAGAUAUUUGCUCGUUUCUUUAUUCGUUACAAAUGAUAGAUCAGUAGUUACUGUUUAUAAAUCAUUCUACAUAUGUAAUACACGCGUGCAUAGAAUGUACCAAAUAAAACAUAUGUGGAUCAAAAAAAAAAAA